AUGCGAUCGCUUCCCUCACGCAGCUUGUCCAAGACGAUCGAUGCCGAGGUCGAAGGCGAGAUGGCGAUGCUCAAGGAGACCGUCAACGAGAUGGUGUUCAAGCUGCGGCUCUUCUCGUCCGAGGUAACGCGCGUAUCUCUCGAUGUCGGAACCAUGGGUCAAUUGGGUGGUCAAGCCAUCGUAACUGGGGUUGAAGGGACCUGGAAGACCUGUCAGUCGUGGAAGCGAGCUCUUAGCGGCAUGAUUCAUCUAGUUGACACACCUUUCUCCGCGUGCAUACAGUGACUGAAACGGUUUGUUGAUACAAGUCUGCGCGUAGAGCAUUUCAGGUCUCAUUGACGCUUCCAUCUCUCACAGGUCAACCAAAUGGCGACCAAUCUUACUGUUCAAGUUCGGUGAGCUACCCCUAAGGCUGCCCGAGGCGGGCAUUCGGUCCGGCUGACAGCUGCCUCUCCCAUCCUUCCAGGUCCAUUGCCAUCGUGACGUCCGCAAUCGCCCAUGGAGAGUGAGUUGCGACCCGGUUUACCAGCUCGAAGCUCGAUUCUCGAACACGAAGCUGACAGCUCACUGCAUGCAGUUUGUCGAAAACGAUCGAUGCCCAGGUCGAGGGUGAAAUGGCUACCCUCAAAGAGACGGUGGGUUGUGACUGAAAUGAACGCAUACGCUUCCAUUUUUGACGAAUUUAUAAUGCCAGGUCAACGACAUGGUCUACAAAUUGCGCGUGUUCUCGUCCGAGGUCACCCGUGUCUCCCUCGAGGUCGGAACAAUGGGUCAGCUAGGGGGCCAGGCCGUGGUGAACGGCGUCGAGGGUACUUGGCGAGAAAUGGUACGCACUUCAAGCACUGCAUGUCCUCGAAUAUCGCGGCUCACCGACUGACAUACUCAAUCUCUUACAGACGGAGAAUGUCAAUCGCAUGGCCUCGAAUCUGACGGAGCAAGUGCGUGAGAUCGCGUCCGUCACCAAAGCCGUUGCGAUGGGUGACCUUACCAAGACGGUCAACAUCGGUGCCUCGGGAGAAAUUCGCGACCUCAAGAUGACGGUCAACAACAUGGUGGCGCAGUUGCGUCGAUUCGCCGCCGAGGUGACACGGGUCGCGCUCGAGGUCGGCACCGAAGGGCAGCUCGGAGGAACGGCGAAUGUCGAAGGUGUGCAAGGGGAAUGGAAGUCGCUCGUCGAUUCGGUCAAUCAGAUGGCUGGCAACUUGACCGAUCAGGUGCGGUCGAUCGCGACCGUCACAAGAGCUGUCGCGGAAGGUGACCUAUCCAAGAAGAUCGAGGUGGAAGUCAGGGGUGAAAUGCUAGAUCUCAAGGUAAGUGACUUGUCGACGCGUAAGAGAACUGGCUGGCUGGCAAUACUAACGUCAUCUACUCCGAUAUAGCGAACUGUGAACAACAUGGUCAACUCGCUCCGCCUCUUCGCAGCCGAGGUCACUCGAGUCGCAAAGGAGGUCGGUAUCGAUGGACAGCUCGGUGGACAGGCCUACGUGCUGAACGUCUCGGGUGAAUGGAAAUCGCUUGUCGACUCGGUCAACCAAAUGGCCGGUAACCUCACGGAUCAAGUGCGGUCAAUUGCAAAAGCGACCACUGCCGUCGCUCGAGGUGACUUGAGUCAAAAAGUGACGAUCGCCGCUGAUGGUGAAGUUUUGCGUCUGGUGGAUACUAUCAACUCGAUGGUCGACCGUUUGGCGACCUUCGCUGCUGAAGUGACGCGCGUGGCCCACGAAGUCGGGACCAAGGGCAACCUCGGUGUGACGGCCAAGGUCGAUAACAUCGAAGGGACGUGGCAGGAGAUCACUUCGAACGUCAACACGAUGGCGACGAACUUGACAUCCCAAGUGCGCGCAUUCGCUCAGAUCUCGGCGGCCGCGACCGAGGGUGACUUCAGCUCCUUCGUCACAGUCGAAGCCAGCGGAGAGAUGGAUUCGCUCAAAACCAAGAUCAACAAGAUGGUCUUUUCGCUGCGCGAUAGUCUGCAGAAGAACACGAUGGCGAGGGAAGCGGCCGAGCUAGCCAACAGGUCCAAGUCCGAGUUCUUGGCAAACAUGUCGCACGAGAUCCGAACUCCGAUGAACGGUAUCAUCGGCCUAACAGGCGUGACCCUGGAGACCGAGUUGACUCGACAGCAGCGGGAGAAUCUCAUGAUUGUAUCAAACCUCGCCAACUCAUUGUUACUCAUCAUCGACGACAUUCUCGAUAUUUCCAAGAUCGAGGCCGGUCGAAUGACGGUCGAAACAAUCCCCUUCAGCGUUCGAUCCGCCGUCUUUGGGGUGCUCAAAACACUGGCUGUCAAGGCGACCCAGAGCAAGCUCGACCUCAUGUAUGCAGUUGAAUCGGACAUUCCCGACCUGCUCGUCGGCGAUCCUUUCCGCUUGCGACAAGUCAUCACCAACCUCGUCGGUAACGCUAUCAAGUUCACGCAGCGAGGACAGGUCGCGCUUUCGUGCCGGCUGCAAGCCGCCGACCUCGACGAGCAAACGUACCAGCUCGAGUUCUGUAUCAGCGACACGGGUAUCGGAAUCAAGCCCGACAAGCUGAACCUCAUCUUCGACACUUUCGCCCAAGCCGAUGGCUCAACGACGCGCAAGUACGGCGGUACGGGCUUGGGGCUCACGAUCUCGAAGCGGCUCGUGCAGCUGAUGGGCGGCGAGCUCUGGGUGACGAGUCACUUCGGGCGCGGCAGCAACUUUUAUUUCACAAUCCAAUGCAAGAUUGGGGAAUGGAAUCUGGAAGCUGUACGACAAAAGACACUCAUCCCCCACCCCGGUCGGCGCAUCCUCUUCAUCGACACGUUGCACCACGACCCGAGCGUCAUCGAGUCCGUCGAGCAACUUGGGCUCGAGAUCACAGUCGUCGACUCGCUCGAGGAAGCCCGAUUGCUCGACCAGGCCCAGAUGGGUUACUUCGACACGGUGCUCGUCGAUUCCUUAGAUGUGGUGUCAGGUCUGCGCGAUGUCGACCAUCUGCGUUACAUCCCCUUGGUGCUCAUCACCCCUCAGAUCCCCCAGCUCAAUCUCAAGUACUGCCUCGACUUUGGUGUCGCCAACUGCGUCGAGUCCCCGACGAACGCACAGGAUAUGUGCAACGCCUUAUUGCCCGCGCUCGAAGCCAGCAACCGCAUCCCGACCGAGCGGGGAGGCGAUGCCUCGUUCAAGGUCCUGCUCGCCGAGGACAACGUCGUGAACCAGAAGGUGGCGAUGAAGUUCCUCGAAAGCGCUGGUCACCAAGUCGAGAUCGUCGAGAACGGUGCACUCGCGUUGGAGGCCGUCAAGCGUGGCUUCUACGACAUUGUCCUAAUGGAUCUCAGCAUGCCCGUGAUGAGUGGGAUGGAGGCGACUCAGAUCAUUCGACGGUUCGAGGAGACGAAUGGGUUGGAGCGCCUACCGAUCGUCGCGCUUACCGCACAUGCUAUGCUCGGUGAUCGCGAGAAGUGUAUCGAGGCUGGGUACGUAUCCAGUGGUGGCUCUUGACUUGCUGUGAUGCGAGAAACGGUUGCUAAACGCUGACUUGACGAUGGCUUGGCAUUGACGGCGGCUCGCAACACACAGCAUGGGUGAGCAAAGGCUACGAUGCUCACGAGCGCGCCGCUUCCUUGUUUCUUCGGCCAUCGCUGACCCUCAGGCUCCUGCCGUUGCGAUUGUAAAGACGAUUACCUCACAAAGCCAUUGCGCAAGCCCGACCUUUUGGCUAUAAUCAACAAGGUCAGUUCAGUUCCCGAUCCCCAACGCGUGGCUCAGUCGCUGUGUGGCGAAAUGUCCCGACGCGGAGCUGACAGAUAA